UUAGAAGAAGUAUGCAGAUUUGCCAACGUUUUAAAAAAUUUAGGAGUUCGCAAAGGUGACAGAGUAUCUAUUUAUAUGCCAAUGGUUUUGGAAUUGGCAAUUGCUAUGUUAGCAUGUGCUAGAAUAGGGGCUGUUCAUUCGAUCGUGUUUGCAGGUUUUUCAUCCGACUCUUUGGCCGAAAGAAUGACAGACUGUCAAGCGAAAGUCCUCGUAACUGCUGAUGGAGCAUGGCGAGGUGAGAAACCAUUACAUUUGAAAGCUCUUUGUGACGUAGCUAUGGAAAAAGCCGAAAAGCUGGGCCAUCGCGUUCAAAAAUGUGUGGUUGUCGCUCAUCUGAAACGUGUCACUCCUGGAACCAGCGAGGAGAUCAAUGGAGUCGAGACUCCUAUGACAGAUGGCCGCGACCAUUGGUGGCAUGAGGAAAUGGACGAAGUUGAACCAGCAUGUUACCCAGAAUGGAUGGCUGCUGAGGAUCCAUUGUUCAUGCUUUAUACAAGCGGCUCCACUGGUAAACCGAAAGGGGUUCUACAUACUACAGGUGGUUAUCUAUUGUAUGCUGCCACCACAUUUAAAAUGGUUUUUGACUACAAGCCCGAUGACAUCUACUGGUGCACUGCUGAUGUAGGAUGGAUUACUGGACAUUCGUAUGUUGUCUAUGGACCAUUAGCUAAUGGCGCCACCUCCGUUAUGUUUGAAGGGACGCCAUUUUAUCCGGAUAACGAUAGAUAUUGGGCGGUUAUUGAAAAAUACAAAGUGACCCAGUUUUACACAGCACCAACCGCCAUAAGAGCUUUGAUGAAGUUCGGGGAAGAACCAGUCAAGAGACAUAACCUUUCUACUUUGAAAGUUCUUGGUAGUGUAGGAGAACCCAUCAAUCCUGAAGCGUGGAUGUGGUACUACAAAACAGUCGGAAAAGAGAAAUGUUCAAUUGUCGACACAUUUUGGCAAACAGAAACUGGUGGCCAUGUGGUCACACCAUUGCCGGGAUGCACCCCAAUGAAGCCUGGCGCAGCA